UCAUCAGAAUAUUUGUUGUUUUGUCAAAAAAUAAUAAUAAUCAUAAUAUUUGUUGGUUUCUGAAGCACGUACUAAUAGUGCAAUUAAACUCUCUUAAACACUGAUUAGAAAUUAAACAGCUAAGUUUCACAUGGCGUGUGUGUUUCAAUGUGUGAAGGCUGUGAUGGAAAGUAGCAGUGGCAACAAUGACACAAAAUCUCAUAAUUUGAUCAAAGUGAAAGCUGUUGUCACUUUGAAACAUAGUGAUGAUGGACUUCUAAAGAAUCUUAUAGAUGGCGGGCUCCAACAGGUUGAAAAGUUAGUUGGAAAAACACUUUCAUUGGAGCUUGUUAGCAAUGAGCUUGAUCAAGAAACAAAGACCGAGAAAGAGACCAUAAAAGGGUCUGCACAAAAUACAGAGGAAAAAGAGGAUGAGGAGCUUUAUGAGGCUGAGUUUGAGUUAUCCACAGAUUUUGGGAAGGUUGGUGCAAUUUUAGUUGAGAAUGAACAACACAAGGAGCUUUUUAUAAAGAAUAUAGUCCUUCAUGGUUUUCCUGAUGGCCCUCUCAACCUUACAUGCAAUUCCUGGAUUCAACCCAACAAUGAUAGUUCUGUCAAGAGAGUUUUCUUCACUGACAAGUCAUACUUGCCAUCUCAAACACCAAAAGGGUUGCAAAGACUGAGAAAAGAAGAGCUAGUUUUACUGAGAGGGAAUGGAGAAGGAGAAAGAAAAAGCUCAGACAGAAUAUAUGACUAUGAUGUGUACAAUGAUCUUGGAGAUCCUGAUACCAACCUUGAUCUUAAAAGGCCUAUUCUUGGAGGGACUAAAAGUUAUCCAUAUCCAAGAAGGUGUCGCACUGGUCGAAAGCAUUCUGAUGCAGACCCACAAUAUGAAACUAGGAAUUUAGACUUCUAUGUUCCUCGUGAUGAGAAAUUUGCUGAAACAAAGCAAACACAAUUCAAUACUUCUACCAUAUCCUUAGGGUUGACUGCAGUUAUUCAAUCCUUGGACACAAUUCUCACCGAUCAAAAUCUAGGAUUUGCAAACUUUGAAGACAUAGAGGCACUAUACAAAGAAGGAUUUAAUUUACCACCUUUUAAAUCCGAUGACUUAACAUUUAUCCAAAAAGUCAUUCCAAAGUUAAUUAAAGUUGCUAAUGAUAGCCAAAAUGUUUUGCGCUUUGAUCCCCCAGAACCAUUCAAAAGGGAUAGAUUAUUUUGGUUUUCAGAUUUGGAGUUUGCCAGAGAGACUUUGGCAGGUGCCAAUCCAUAUAGCAUCCAAUUGGUUAAGGAAUGGCCUUUGAUGAGUAAACUAGAUGCCCAAAUCUAUGGUUCACCAGAAUCAGCAAUUACUAGAGAAAUCAUUGAGCCACACUUGACCACUUAUAGCACAGUAGAAGAGGCUAUUAAAGAAAAGAAAUUGUUCAUGCUAGACUAUCAUGAUUUAUACUUACCAUUUGUAAGCAAAGUGAGAGAAAUUGAGGGCACUACAUUAUAUGGAUCAAGAACACUAUUCUUUCUCACAAGUGAAGGUAUAUUGAAGCCAUUAGCCAUUGAGCUCACUAGACCAGUUAUUGGUGAUAAACCACAAUGGAAACAAGUCUUCACACCUGCUUCUCAUUCCACUGAUCUCUGGCUUUGGAGGCUUGCAAAAGCUCAUGUUCUUGCUCAUGAUUCUGGUUAUCAUGAACUUAUAAGCCAUUGGCUAAGAACUCAUUGUAUUGCAGAACCUUUUAUAAUUGCAACACAUAGACAACUCAGUUCCAUGCAUCCAAUUUAUAGAUUAUUGCAUCCACAUCUAAGAUAUACCAUGGAUAUCAAUUCAAUUGCUCGUCAAGUGCUUAUUAAUGCAAAUGGGAUCCUUGAAAUAUCAUUCACUCCUAAAAAGUACUUACUGGAACUAACCUCUGCGGUGUAUGAUAAGCUUUGGCAAUUUGAUUUGCAGUCACUUCCAAAAGACCUUAUCAAUAGAGGAAUGGCUGUGGAAGAUCCUCAUGCACCACAUGGCCUAAAGCUAGCAAUUGAAGACUAUCCUUUUGCCAAUGAUGGCCUUCUCAUAUGGGAUGCAAUUAAACAAUGGGUAACAGAAUAUGUCAAUCAUUACUAUCCAAGCCAAAGUAUCAUAGAAUCUGAUGAAGAGCUUCAAGCAUGGUGGACCGAAAUUCGAACAAAGGGACAUGGAGACAAAUCUGAAGAACCAUGGUGGCCAAAUCUUAAAACACAAAAUGAUUUAAUUGAUAUCAUUACAACUAUAGCUUGGGUAGCAUCUGCUCAUCAUUCAGCUGUGAACUUUACACAAUAUCCUUAUGGUGGCUUCUUUCCUAAUAGACCAACAAUUGCUAGAAACAAAAUGCCUACAGAAGACCCUUCUAAGGAAGAAUGGGAAAAAUUUAUCAACAAACCUGAACAAACACUUUUAGAGUGUUUUCCAUCACAAAUUCAAGCAACCUUAUUUACAGUGAUUUUAAGCUUAUUAUCAGAACAUUCACCAGAUGAAGAGUACAUUGGUCAAAAGGUGGAGCCAUCUUGGACUGAGAAUCCAACUAUAAAGACAGCUUUUGAAAGGUUUCAAAUGAGAUUGAAGGAGAUUGAAGGUAUUAUAGACUCAAGGAAUGAAAAUAUUAAUUUGAAGAAUAGACAUGGAGCUGGGAUAAUGCCUUAUGAGUCAUUAAAACCAUUUUCAGGGCCUGGAGUUACUGGAAAAGGAGUCCCAUACAGCAUAUCCAUUUAAAGUUUGGUUCAUUAAGCCUUAAUAUGAAUAACUUAUUAUAGGAUUUUUAAUUCAUAUUUUAUAUAUAAAAAGAAAAUUACAUGCAUUAAUCACAUCUCAUUAUUCAGUUUAUAAAAUAUUUUUACAAUUAGUUAUAUAGUUAAAUGUAAUCGUAUGAAUGUGUAAAAAAGUUACAUUAGUAAUGUAUACCAAAUGAAGUCUGAUGUCUAAUCUAUAUUUAUAUCAAAUGUUAUGUGUGUGGUUUGAUCCUUAAUAUCAAAGUGUCUUCGUAUCCUACAUUUUCUUAGUGCC